AUGGUCAUUUUACCAUCCACAUAUACAGGCAGCCAAAGACGCAUGCAUGAAUAUGCACAAGAUGCAAUGACGUAUGUUCGUGCAUAUGGUCGUCCAGAUUUUUUCAUCACAUUUACAUACAACCCAGCAUGGGAUGAAAUAAAGGAGCUUUCAUUAACUGGACAAUCGCCAUCAGAUCGUCAUGAUAUUUCUGUACGUGCAUUUAAACAAAAGUUAAAAUCUUUAAUGGAUUUUAUUGUCAAACACCAUGUAUUUGGAGAGACGCGCUGUUGGAUGUAUUCCAUUGAAUGGCAAAAAAGAGGUUUACCACAUGCGCAUAUUUUAAUACGGAUGAUGGAAAGGAUAACACCUAACAGAAUUGAUGAAAUCUUCUCUGCAGAAAUACCAGACAUUGAAAUUGAUAAAGAUUUGCACAAUAUUGUCUCAAAUAUGAUUCAUGGUCCAUGUUUCUCACCAAAUAAUAAUUCACCAUGCAUGUCAGAUGGAAAGUGCUCAAAGCGGUAUCCUAGAGACUUACUUGCUGAAACUAUUACAGGCAAUGAUGGAGAUCCACUCUAUCGACGACGAUCUACCGAAGAUGGUGGAAAAUCCAUUAAACUAAAAGUACUCAGCAAUACUAUUGAUGUUGAUAAUCGUUGGGUAGUACCAUAUUCUCUAUUACUACUAAAAACGAGUACAACAGUGUAUGCACUGGAAAAUACAACUGCUUCUAACGAUGAAGUCACCCAAUAUCAACUGGGACGCUACAUAAGUGGCAAUGAGGCUGUAUUGCGUAUUUUAUCAUUUUCCAUUCAUGAGCGAUAUCCAACGGUUGUUCAUUUAGCAGUACAACUUGAAAAUGGACAGAGUGUGCAUUUUACAUCAGAAAAUGUACGUGCAAGAGCAAUGUCACCACCGCCAACAACAUUUACUGAAUUUUUCACAUUAUGUAGAAAUGAUACCUUUGCAAGGACACUACUGUACUAUGAAGUACCAACUUAUUUUACGUGGAAUUCAUCAACAAGAAAAUUUCAGCUUCGUAAACAAGGUAGAGCAGUACAAGGUCAUCUAAAUUUAUAUUCCACAGAUGCAUUGGGUCGUCUGUACACUGUACAUCCAAAUAACGCAGAAUGCAUUUACCUGAGAUUAUUAUUAAUCAAUGUUCGUGGACCAACAUCUUUCCAAGAAUUAAAAACAGUCAAUGGCCAUGUGUGUGAUACAUUUCGUGAGGCUUGCCGGAAAUUAUGUCUCUUAGAAAACAAUGCUCAUUGGGAUAUUUCACUCGCUGAUGCUUCUAAUACAGCUCAACCACCACAGAUACGUACACUAUUUUCCAUCAUACUAACUACAUGUUUUCCGGCUAAUCCAAAGGACCUUUGGGAAAAAUAUAAAGACUAUAUGAGUGAAGACAUUUUACAUCGCAUGCGUAGAAUAAAUGCUAAUCCCGACAUUUAA